CGUUCAAUUUUCAAGUACAAACGUACAUAGAUUGUUUAUGUUGUUUUAUGAAAAGCGAUAACGUUAGAAACUAUUAAAUUGAAAACUUUUACGUAAAAAGUAAAUUUGUUUGUGUAAAUACGUGUUUUGUUUACAUUGUGUAAACAGAAGCGAAAUGACAGCCGCUAAUAAUGAAUAUCCGAAAGCUUCCAAUGCUACGUUAAUUGGAGCUUCAAUCACAUAUGUAGCGGGACUUUUUCUACUCCUGUCCUUUGCGGGUCCUUACUGGAUAGAAUCUUAUUCAGAAAUGUUCUCGUCUUUUAAACACAUGGGCCUUUGGGAAUAUUGUUUCGAUCGUUUUCGCUUUCCUUCAUUUCAGUUUGACAAACUUUUCCAUGGUUGUCACUACAUUUUUAGCCAGGAGUACUAUGUGAUCCGUGAAUGGUUAUUACCGGGCUGGCUGAUGGCUGUUCAAGCCUUUGUGACUCUGGCAUUUAUGUUAUCAUUUACGGCACAAGUUCUCUUGGCUUGUGUGAUUAUUAGGAUGCCACUUCGUAAUGUCUUAAGAUAUGAAUGGAUGUAUGUUUCUUCUGCAUUUAUUAUGAUUGCAGUUUCAAGUGCCUUUCUGUUACUAGCUGUAAUUAUAUUUGGAACAAAUUGUUACCGUCGUGAUUGGUUGAUGUACCCAUCAUUCAAUGUACUCUCAUGGUCCUAUGCAUUUGCUGUUAUUGCCUGUAUUUUGUUUGGUUUAGCCGCAAUUCUGUUGUUCUUUGAAUCCCGUAAGUUAUACCAACUGAGACUUGAAGCCAAGAACUUGGUGGCUCAAAUGCAACAUAGCCAGCCGGAGCAUGCGUUGCAUCAGAUAAGAGGUCAGUUGCAGCAGCAACAGCAGCAAUUCGGAUUUUAUAGGAAUUAGAUAUUAUUCACAAUUUAAAUCACAAACUUUUUAAAUUAAUUACACUUUGACACACUGAUUUGACAGCUGACAGCUGACGUUAGAUUGAUGUUAAAUAUGUAUUAUUUUAUUGAUCUUUGUCUUUAUGGAAAAUUAUUGUAUUCUUUGUCCUUUCACGCUGUAUUGAAAAUUCUUCAUGUGCAAAAGUUAUUUGUAAAAGUGACAUUGUGAGAUUAAAAUUGGCCAACGGCUAUAUUAUUCCGUAAGUUUACCCAAAAGUUAUGUGUUAAUAGAAGAAAAAUUAAUCCGUGAAUUAGUCUCAAAAAUUUCUAGAACUCUCUCUAAUUCUUGCAUUUUUAAACCAUCAAUACACUAAAAAUGCUAAGCAUUAUUCAUAAAGUCCACUCUUAUUUAGUAAUCUUUGGUCCAUUACUAUCGAAUAAUAUUUAAGCUGUGGUAAAGAGACAAUUCGAGCCUAGUUAAAUCUGUAAUUGAAUGAAUCUCAUUUAAAAUAUAUAUUUGUUUUCAUAUCAUAUCAUUCUUUAUAUGAAUCCGUCCAAAUGCUUUAUUUUUUAAUUAGAUUUAGAUUAGGUAAGUCAAUAUGCAUUUAAAUAUUUCCACCCAGGGGCGGUUAUGUAAGACACAAGCACUAUAGGUGGGUAGGUGUAGGAUUUUCGUCUUGAUCGUCUUUGAUUAUUUUUUUUUUUUGAAACAUUCCUCAAACGUCAAAAUAGCACAGAGCACAUCUAUUAACUGUAAUGUUUUUGUUAUUAAAUGUUGCCACUCUUAAUUAAUUCCAAUAUUUUUUCGCAAUAUGGAGGCGUUUUUACUAUAAUUUUUAUUAUAAAUGUAAAUGUCGUUAUAACCAAAACACUGUUUUAAAUGGUGACGGAAAAACAGAUUAACAGAUAAAAUUGAUUUGAUUAAGAAUUUCGCCAUGUUUUUUUAUAUUUGUAAGAAGCAUUGUCUUUAAUGAAAUUUUUUUUCUAUUUUAUUAUUAGUUGUUAGUUCAUUUGUUUUAAAUGUAUUUCUAUACAUGUUUAAUUUUAAAUUUAUGACUGGAUCAUUUUCUUGCACAUUUUAUGAUAACAGUGCUAAUUUGAAGAUACUGUAAGGUUUACAAAAUGUACUUACCAAUGGCGAAUUAUUAAUAUAAUUUAUUUAAAACAAUUGUAUAAAAAUAAUGAUAUUGAUUUAAUGAUAAAUAUUGAUAAAAAAGAAGGGUGUUUAUCACCUGUAUUAUUUGUGUUAAUGCAUAAAAGAACUGAUUUUUGACUUUCUAAAAAAAGCUUAUGAUAUAUAUGUAUAUAUGUAUUCACAUACAUUUUAUUCUAUCGCCACAUAGAAUUAUAAUAACUCCAUGACAGUUUUAGGAUUACAGGUUAUAUUUACAAGCAUGUCUUCAUCUUUGAUUAAUCUGUGAUCGUUUUAUGUCAUGUGACUGACAUAUGAACAACAAUUUAUGUAUGGAGUUUUUUUUAUUAAUUAAUUAUUAUAUAACAUUUUUUUAAGCAAAAACGCUAUUGCUGAUAAGGUUGUAUUAUUGUAAGUUAUCGUAAAAUGACAGAAUUAGCACUGAUGUCAGACAAAUUAGUUUUUAGAUAUGUGAGUUUUGUGUUGUCGUCUUAUAUAUAUAAUUUUCUGUAUAAUUGGUACAAAAUAUGUAUUUUUGUAAUAGAAAAGUAUUAAAUGAUGAAAUAUU